GGGCGGCGAGCACCCAUUUACCAACCCGGUGGCCUCGCACCACGAUCGACAUCUUUAUGGCCAAGACUGCCGCGUUGAGCCUGGCGAAUUCAUCGUGGCAGAGUUCGACGGCGCCCCAGCAAACGCAGCAGCAACACGGUCUUGGUGCAGUAACAGGAGCAGCGAGCAACAACGUAGAAGUGGCCUGCAGCUCGACAGACGAAGACAUGCUCCAGAAGAUGGAGCGCAUGGUGUCGAAUCGAACGGGUUCGCGACGCAAGCAACUAUCAGACCAUAUUGACUCAUCAACCUCAGCAUCAUCAUCCCGCCUGCAUUCAAGACUCCUUGCUCGCGGGCCUUCAUCUCGCUCCACGUUGCGGGAGUCCCCACGCACGACGUUGCAUGCUUUGAACAACCAGCCGGCUGGGACGGCCACCGCGGAGGAUGCCAAGCGGCCAGCUCCAUUGUCCGCGGACUACAACGACUGCGACAUGAACUACGACGAGGACGGGAAUGGCAAAUUGGUGCUGCCUCCGGCUGGUUCCAUCAACUCGGUGGCUUACUCCGGACCAAAGCCAUCCAGCAACAAAGAGCCAAGACGAGAUGCCACAGCAAGCGACAAGUUGGAGACCAUUGCUCUAAUCAGCGCGCGGUCGCCGUCCACGUCGUCGUUGCAGCCAUCGAUUGUUGUGGGUGGGUCGACCUCUGUCAAAGGCGCGGUGGGCCUGCAAAACCUCGGCAAUACCUGCUUUAUGAACAGCUGCCUGCAGUGUCUCAAUAACGUCCACAGCGUCAUGAAAUACUUUCGAAGCAAUGGCCACCUGAACGAGUUGAACGAAUCGAGUCCGACGCACGGCAAACUCGCGUGCGUUUUUGGGGACUUGUCGCAAGCGCUGUGGAGCGGGGCCGAGUUCUCGUCGACGCGGCCGGUCGAGCUCAAACGGGUGGUUGGGAAGCUCGCAUCUCGCUUUGUCGGGUAUGACCAGCACGACGCCCAGGAAUUCUUGCGGUUCCUCCUCGAUGGGCUGCACGAAGACUUGAAUCGAAUCUUGAAAAAGCCUCCAUACUACGAAAUUCCAGAUCGUCCGCAGGCGUCGGAGCGGGACAUUUCGGAAGAGUACUGGCAGUACUACGUCAAGCGCAACUCGAGCGCGCUGUCAGAGCAGUUUUGUGGCCAGCUCCGAUCCGAAGUGACGUGCCAGACUUGCAGGCACCGGUCGAUAUGCUUUGAUGUAUUCUGGGACUUGUCGCUGCCCGUGCCCAAGAAGGCCAAAGGCGGCAUGAUCCGGUUCGGUGCGCUGAAGAGUUCCUCCGACGACGACGACAGCAGCAUGUGCACGGUGCAAGAGUGUCUCCGGGCGUACACGGAGGAAGAGCACCUGAAGGACGAAGAUGCGUUCUAUUGCAGCAGCUGCAAGACACACCGGUCCGUGGUCAAGUCCAUUUGCUUGCAACGGUGCCCCAAUGUGCUCGUGCUGCACCUCAAGCGAUUCUCGUACUCGACAUUUAGCCGCGACAAAGUGUCGACGGCGGUAAAGUUUCCCACCGAAGGCCUCGACAUCAAGGACUUUUGCAGCAAAGAUAAUGCCUACUACGACAAGUGCUGGGAAUACGACCUCGUUGGAAUGAUCCAUCACAUGGGCACACUCAACGGCGGCCACUACACGGCGGAGUGCCGCAACCCGGAGAAUGGCAAUUGGUACGACUUCAACGACGAGACCGUGUCGGCGCUCAAGAAGCCCCACGCUGCCAGUUCCAGCGCGUACAUUUUGUUCUACCAGCGAAAAGGGGCCAUCACCAAGUGACCACGAUAGACCAGCAGCACAUAAACGACAAGCAUAAUUUAAGCCUUCCAACUCGA